AUGGAUUCCUAUCCAGAAAUACCAGAUAUUAGCAGGUUAAGCGUAGACACUCGAGGUGCAGAGAUCGUAGAUGAUAUUACCGAGGAUAAGGAUAGUCGGGGAAUAUACCUCCCAUUCCACACAGAAUCAGUUUCUCAUAUUGCCUUAGAUAUUGGUGGUAGUUUGGCGAAGUGUGUCUAUUUCUCCAGGAGCUCAAAGAGGAGAGCAAGUAGAAAGGAUAGCAGUCCACCGCCGUACAAACAAGCCCCACCUUCUCCUAAACCAAAUGGUACGCUCACUCCAAACAUCCUCAAGCCGGUCAGCAACGAAACAUGUGUUCCGGUAUCACCUAUAAACAGUUCAGCAAGCAGCUAUAUGGAUGUUGAGAGUAGCUCAUCACAUCCCACAAAUAAAACUAGACCGCCAUUUGGCAGCCACGGCCGGUCGAGAUCGAAACAUAUUCCGGGUGGACAGCUCAACUUUGUCAAGUUCGAAACUGAGCAUAUAGAGGACUGUAUAGAUUUCCUCAGGAAUCUCAUAGAGCAGUCUGCAAAUGUCAACGACGUCAGUCUUGACCAAAUGAGAGCCAGUAUCAAGAUAGUUAUGACCGGAGGAGGCGCUCACAAGCUCGGUGAUGUCUUUGAAGAACAACUCAAGACUGCGGUUGCUAAAGAAGAAGAAAUGGAAUGUCUGAUAACCGGCUUGCAGUUCAUUACCUCCAUCCCAAAGGAGGUCUUCUGGUAUUCGGACGAACUCGUCUAUUCCGUCAGCCACAAGAAACACAAAAAGACUACUAUACCCCAGGAAGAAUUACCAAGGCCAUCGCCAAAUCCCCCACAAUUUAGCGUUAGCUUUGACAAGCCCACUGAAUUUGAAUAUCCAUGUUUGCUAGUCAACAUUGGUUCAGGUGUGUCUAUAAUCAAAGUGAACUCUGACGGCUCUUUUGAGAGAGUUUCCGGUACGUCUCUUGGUGGCGGAACCCUUUGGGGAUUACUUUCGCUGCUAACACCCGCCGAAUCUUUCGACGAAAUGCUUGCAUUAUCAGAAAGCGGAGAUAACAACUCGGUAGACAUGCUCGUUGGUGAUAUAUAUGGUUCCGACUACGGUAAAAUUGGCUUAAAGGCCACAACAAUUGCCUCCUCCUUCGGCAAAGUCUUUAAGAAAGGUAGCAAAAAAGAUCGCAAGAAGGAGUUCAAGCCUGAAGAUAUAAGUAAAAGUAUGUUGUUUAUGAUUUCAAACAACAUUGGUCAUAUUGCAUAUAUGCAGGCUGAAAAACACAAUGUUGAUAGAAUAUACUUCGGUGGAUGCUUUAUAAGAGGACACGCGGCUACUAUAUCGACACUGAGUUACGCUAUUAGGUUCUGGAGCAAAGGCACGAAGAGAGCUAUGUUCUUGCGUCAUGAAGGAUUCUUGGGUAGUCUCGGUGCCUGGAUAAAGAACAUUGAUGAAGAGGAACAAUAUUAGUUUUUACGUAAUUCUGUAUCUUUUUUUCUUUGUUUAGUUGUUUAGAUGUAUUUCUAAGAUUUUGACAAUGUCUUCUCUUGAUCAAGUUUAUCAUGGCCGAUCUGCAAUUAGGUGGGUGAGGGAGGGAAUAAGAAAAAGUAUAGCUUAUGUAGAUAACAGAUAGUAUAUUUGGAAGAUCACCAUCACCGCCGCCUCCACCACCACCGAAAUACGAGAAAUACAACUACAAUGGACGUGAACUGUCGAUAAGACUAGAGUCAUUCCACCCACUAUGGGCUCACUAUUUGUGGAAUGCAUCACGUGUAUUCUGCGAUUAUCUGAUAAACAACAAACUCUGUAAAGGGAAGACAGUAUGUGAACUUGGUGCAGGUGCAGGUCUACCGUCGUUAGUUGCAUCACUUGAGGGUGCCAAACGUGCGGUAGUUACCGACUACCCGGAUGAACCGCUGUUGAACAACUUGCGUAUAAACAUAAAAGAAUGUGGUAUAGAGAAGACAGCAAUCGUAGAAGGUUUCGUCUGGGGAUCGAAUAUCGAUCAUUUAAUAGAAGCUAACGGUGGUGAUGAGUUUGAUAUACUCAUUUUGUCCGAUUUAGUGUUCAACCACUCACAACAUAAUGCUUUACUACGGAGUUGCAAGAAUUUGAUGAAGAAAGGAGGAAAAUGUCUUGUAUUUUUCAGCCACCAUCGUCCUCAUAAAGCAAAAGAAGAUAUGGAAUUCUUCGAGAAAGCUACAGAAGACGGUUGGAACGUUAAGAAGGUGGUUGAGGAAUUAGUUGGCGUUAUGUUUGAAGAGGAUGGCGGGGAUGAGACUGUAAGAGCUACAGUACAUGGCUAUGAGCUUAGUCUGUGAUUUUUUAUUUUUGUUUUCUAGAUAUGCACACAUUUUAUUGCGUAAUUGAUCUUCUUUCCUCACCAAAAUGAGCGAAGAAAACGAGAGGCUAGCGCUCCCUGCACCAGAUACAAGUGAGCAUCCCACGUUGGAAGUGAACGGUGGUAGUGUCAGUCUCGACCAUUUAGGCCCAAUGGUUGUAAACAGCGACGGUACACUCAGUCGGAUUAACAACUGGGAGGGGCUUAGCCAGAUUGAGAAAGACAAGACAUUGCGGUUGAUCGUCAAAAGGAACAGACAGAGACUGGAAUCUUUGAAACAACAAGAAGACAAUAAAUAGAUUUAGGGAAUAAUCUUAGAUGAUAGCUUUGAUAUGAGUGAAUGAGCGUACGGGAUAUAUGCUCGUUCUUCUCAGCCUUUGUUUGUUUUGUUCGAAAUGUGUGCACUCACAUAUAGAAUACCAGGCAUAGGCGAGCAGCUCAAUGAUAACCUAUUAGAUUGUGAGAAUUAGAAUAUUAUAACCUUACUACUCACGAAUACGAUCGUUAGAAUCGCAUUUCGC